GACCUUCACCUCUACUAAUCGAAUGUGUCAACAACAAUUAACUAGAAAACCAUCCUAGGGGGUACUCUCUUAUCUUUGGGGUUAUCACAGACAACUUUGCCAUUGGUCUUUAAUUAAGAAAUAAUCACGAGCUAUUUUGUAAUAAUUUCUUUAAAUUUAGUCAUUUAUUAUAGCCAUUACUGACGCAUUUUACAUCACUUAAACGUAUAUUUCAGUGGCAAAAGGGUGCAUCUACAAAAAUGUCCAAAAACGUGCUCAUUAUCGGAAGUGGUGGUCGUGAGCACGCUAUCACUUGGAAAAUUGCGAAAAGCCCCCACAUAAAAAGUAUUUUCGCUGCACCCGGUAGCCACGCCAUUCAACAGGUUGCAAAAACCAAAAACGUGGCUGUUGAUGUCAAGAAUUUCAAGGAAGUAUCUAAAUUCUGUAAGCAAAACGACGUUUCGUUGGUGAUUGUUGGACCUGAAGAUCCGUUGGCGAACGGUAUAGCAGAUGUUUUACUUGCUGAUGGUAUUCCCGUUUUUGGUCCCUCAAAAAAUGCAGCUCGAAUUGAAUCUGAUAAAAACUGGGCUAAGGCUUUUAUGGACAAGCAUAACAUUCCUACAGCUAAAUGGAAAGCUUUUAAAAACGCUACGGAGGCGAAAAAAUUUAUUAAUAAUGCUGAUUUUCCAGCAUUGGUUGUUAAAGCUAGUGGAUUAGCAGCAGGCAAAGGAGUGGUCGUUGCAGAAAAUAAGGAAAAAGCAUGUGAAGCUGUAGAUGACAUUUUAACAGAACAAAAAUUUGGAGCAGCAGGUGAAACUGUUGUCAUUGAAGAACUAUUAGAGGGUGAAGAAGUGUCUGUUCUCGCAUUUUGUGAUGGGAAUGUUGUUAAAGCCAUGUUGCCAGCUCAAGACCAUAAACGUAUUUUCGACAAUGAUCAAGGCCCCAAUACUGGGGGAAUGGGAGCUUACUGCCCUUGUCCUCUUCUUGACUCAGACCAGUACAAUUUUGUAGAGAAGAAUGUUUUACAACAAACUGUUGAAGGAUUUAAAAAAGAUAACAUUAAAUUUGUUGGUGUAUUAUAUGCAGGGUUGAUGUUAACUCCAUCAGGUCCAAAAGUUCUUGAAUUUAAUUGCCGUUUUGGCGACCCAGAAACUGAAGUACUUCUUCCUUUAUUGGAGUCAGAUUUGUUUGAGAUCAUGGAAACUUGUUGUUCUGGAAGUUUAAAUAAGAUUGACUUGUUUUGGAAAAAUAAUCUUACUGCUGUGGGUGUUGUGAUGGCUUCGAGAGGGUAUCCAGAAACGUCCAGUAAAGGUCAGGUUAUCACAGGAAUUGAAGAAGUCAAUGUGAGAGCUAAGCAUGUAGUAUUUCACUGUGGUACUGCUUUAAAAGACAACAAUUUGGUUACUAACGGUGGAAGGGUUUUGAUUGCUGUUUCUUUGGCACCUCAGUUAACAUUAGCAGCGGCACAAGCAACAAAAGCCUGUGAAACAAUAAAUUUUGAUGGAAAACAGUUUAGACAUGACAUUGCUCAUAAAGGAAUUGCUAGAGCUAUUUUGCACACAGGAAAACUAACGUAUAAAGCCAGCGGUGUUGACAUUACAGCGGGGAAUGAUUUAGUAUCUCAUAUAAAACCUGCCGCAAAAUCGACAAACCGUUCUGGAGUUAUGGGUGCCUUAGGGGGAUUUGGGGGUUUAUUUGAUACUAAAGCGGCUGGUUAUAAGGAUCCCUUGCUAGUCUCAGGUACUGAUGGGGUUGGUACUAAGUUAAAAAUUGCUCAAGAAAUGGGAAUUCAUAAUACAAUUGGCAUUGAUUUAGUUGCUAUGUGCGUAAAUGACGUUUUGGCGCAUGGUGCGGAACCUCUCUUCUUUUUGGACUAUUUUGCAUGUGGUAACUUAGAUGUUAACGUUGCGAAGGAAGUUGUAAGUGGAGUAGCGGAAGGGUGUCGUCAAGCAGGAUGUUCUUUAAUUGGCGGAGAAACUGCCGAAAUGCCAGACAUGUAUCCACCUGGUGAAUAUGACGUCGCAGGCUUUGCAGUUGGAGCUGUAGAACGCAACCAGUUAAUGCCACAAAUUCAUUCAAUUCAACCGGGUGAUGUUGUCAUAGGUCUUCCAUCUUCAGGUGUCCAUAGUAAUGGUUUUAGUUUAGUUAGAAAAAUAAUGAAAUUAGCAGGAGUGAAUUAUCACGAUAAAGCUCCGUUUAGCAAAGAAGGCAAAAGUUUUGGAGAAGAACUGUUAACACCAACCAAAAUUUAUGUUAAAAAUGUAAUACCAGCCGUUAAGACGGGGAAAGUAAAGGCUUUCGCUCACAUAACUGGGGGUGGUUUAGAUGAAAAUAUUCCCCGAAUUUUACCAGCCCAUUUGGCGGUGGAAUUGGAUGCAACCAAGUGGGAUAUUCCCGUAAUAUUCCCGUGGUUGGCAACAGCAGGUGGUGUAAACCAAGCCGAGUUGUUGCGCACUUUCAAUUGUGGCAUUGGUGGAGUUCUUAUCAUCGAUGGGAAACAUGAACAAGAAGUAAUUAAAAGAAUAUCGUGCGAAGAUGCGACGAAAAUAGGUACCGUGGUUGCCCAACUUCAUAAACCUGCAGAACAAGUCAUCGUGAAGAAUUUUUCAAAAGUACUAGAAGCCAAAAUGAAACCAUUCGUUCCUAGCCUUGUGUCCAAAAUCACCACAAAAAAACGAGUUGGCGUUUUAAUCUCUGGCAGUGGAACUAAUCUGCAAGCUUUAAUUGAUGGCACUCAAACAUCAGAUACCGGUGCUGAAAUCGUCCUCGUAAUCUCAAACAAAGACAACGUUGAAGGAUUGAAUAGAGCAGUACGGGCCAACAUUCCAACAAAAAUCAUAAGGCACAAAGACUACCCCAACCGCGAAGAUUUCGAUCAAGCCCUCCACAAUGAACUGGUCAGGUCGGGUGUCGAAAUUGUCUGUUUGGCUGGCUUCAUGCGGAUUUUAACAGGACAGUUCACUUCCAAAUGGAAGGGCAAACUCAUCAAUAUACAUCCAGCUCUUCUUCCACUGUUCAAAGGCACACAUGCACAAAAACAAGCCCUCGACGCGGGAGUCCGAGUGAGCGGAUGUACUGUACAUUUUGUAGAAGAAGCCGUAGAUGGAGGUCACAUUAUUACGCAAGAAACUGUGCCGAUUGAAUUAAAUGACACAGAAGAAACAUUAACGGAGAGGAUUAAACAGGCCGAACAUAAAGCUUUUCCGCGGGCUUUAGAAUGGGUAGCCAAAGAGAAAGUAAAGAUUGGCGAUGAUAAUAAAUUAGUUUGGAAGCUAUAAUUUUUAACCUUGAUGUACAUUUCAAAUGCAAAUAAACUAGUUUUGUUAUAA